CUGGCAGUGUGGCGGGCGUCGGUUCCUAAGAUGGAGGCGGCGCCGGGGCCGCGCGGGCUCCUACUGCUCCUCGUCGCCCUGGGGCUGCUCCUGCUGCUGCCGCCCUCCUGGGCCGCCCCUGCGCCGCUGGGACAGGAGACCAUCAGAGUCAAUGUUACUGUGUUGAGAGCCAAUGGGGAACUUCAUGGAAAACAGGUUCUGUUUAAUGUCACUUACGUUAAUGGGCAAGUAUAUGUAAAUGACUUUCUUAUGAAGAUUGGUGUUAUCCGGAUAAAGUGUCCAAGUCUAAUAUUGGAGAAUGGAAACUCUGAUAACCUACUGGAUCAAAGACAUUUGGGAAUUGUCAGUGUUCGCAUCAUGGUUCAUGAGUGGCCUUUGGCUUCCACCUCCAAUUUGCAGUUAAUUGUCAUUCAGGAAGAGGUGACAGAAAUCGAUGGAAAGCAGGUGCAGCAGGAGGAAGUUACUGAGGUGGAUAUCUUAGUUAAGGACCAGAGAGUCCUGAGACAUUCCAACUACUCUGUUCCUUUGAAAGAAAGCAUGCUCUAUUCCAUCCCCAGGGAUAAUGAUGUCUUAUUUACACUUCCCAACCUCCCAGGAAAAGACAUUCAAGAUCCAUUGCAAACCACCAGUCAGUACCUCCUCAGGCAAGCAGAAACUACAGUAGAUGAAGAGACAUUACCUGGCAAGUUACCAGAGACACCUCUUGGAACAGAGCCUCCAUCUUCAUAUAAGGUGAUGUGCCAGUGGGUGGAACAAUUGAGAAACAAGUUGUGCAGUUUCUGGCUUGAAUCUUUCCCUGUGUUCUUUAAUUUGAUGGAGGUCAUUGUGGUUGGAAUCAUAGGAGCAGCUCUUAUAAUAAGAGUUUUAAAGAUGCUGUUUCCCUCCUGUGAACACAAAGGAUUGCUUUCCAUGGAUGACAUCCGCACUGUUCCUGUGGUUACACUUAGUCUCCUUCCGGAUGUUCCAGAGAAAUCAGACACCAUAGAGGAGAAAUUGUGUACUUAACAGGGUUUACUUUUGAGUCUUUGUAUGAAACUUUAAUUGACCUAAAAUUUGGCACUUGAACUUUAUGUUGUUUGUUUCUUACUAAGAAACCUGUAAGUUGGCUGAUUGUGUUAAAGGAACACUCAAGGUUGAGACCCAAAACUAACUUAACUUUCCUGCUCCUCUUGGUAAAGAAUAGCAGCUUCCCAACACAAGUGCUACAACAGGUUUUAACUUCUGUGAAGUAAUUUCCCAAAUGCUAGGAUGGAGAAUGGGCUUCCUUAAAUGAACCCGGUUCAGCUGUCCUUGAAUUUGUAGUGGGAUGAAAUACAGGAUGUCCCAAAUUCCCUAGGUAGUUAUCUAGUACAGGGGACAGGAGUAGAGCAGAUAAAUUACACGUGUGCCUGUAAGACCAAACAAAACUGGCCAACCUCGUUUUAGGUCUGCUACUAUUGAGUGUGCCUUGUGGGGAAAAUAUAAUCACUAUAAAAUAUUUGUACUACUAUAAUAGCAAGUUACUGUGUAUGCAAGACAAAAUUGAAAGGCAAUUUGGUAUUUCAAGCACUUUAUUCAACACUCAAUUUUGUAUGAGGCCCCUGCUCCACUAAAAAUUGAUAGCACUUGUAAACUUGUGUGGCAGGUUUAGUGUGCUCUUUUGUAUAUCAUGGACUGCAAUACCAUGUAAAUUUUCUCAACAAGAAGAGCAAAAUAUCUUUAAAAGACUGGUUUAACUGUACUGAGUGGAGGGGCUCAGUUUUCCCAGACUAAUUUGUAUUGCCAUGAGUUUUCAAAUAAAUUAACAUUUAAAUUGUUUAAUAAAC